CUCCCAGCGACGCUUGCUACAGUGCGGGGGGUCUUCACGUUCUCGUGGCGCGGCGCAGGCGCACUGGGUCCUCGGCGCGGACCGCGCAGACUGAAUAAUAAAAGGGGAGCGGCGAAGAGGCAGGAAGACAGGACCAUGUCGAAGGGCCCCGGGCCCGGCGGCUCCGCAGCUUCCUCGGCGCCCCCGGCCGCUACCGCUCAGGUGCUGCAGGCACAGCCCGAGAAACCGCAGCACUACACGUACCUGAAGGAGUUCCGCACAGAGCAGUGCCCACUCUUUGUGCAACACAAAUGCACGCAGCAUCGCCCCUACACCUGCUUCCACUGGCACUUUGUGAACCAGCGGCGCCGGCGGUCCAUCCGCCGUCGGGAUGGCACCUUCAACUACAGUCCAGACGUCUACUGCACCAAGUAUGAUGAAGCUACAGGCCUCUGCCCAGAGGGCGACGAGUGCCCAUUCCUGCACAGGACCACAGGGGACACUGAGCGCAGGUACCACCUUCGUUACUACAAAACUGGAAUCUGCAUCCACGAGACUGACUCAAAAGGCAACUGUACCAAGAAUGGCCUGCACUGUGCUUUUGCCCAUGGGCCCCAUGACCUCCGCUCCCCUGUCUAUGACAUCAGGGAGCUCCAGGCUAUGGAGGCCUUGCAGAAUGGCCAGACCACAGUAGAGGGUAGCAUAGAAGGCCAGUCUGCUGGGGCUGCAAGUCACGCCAUGAUAGAAAAAAUCCUCAGCGAGGAGCCUCGGUGGCAAGAGACCGCUUAUGUGCUGGGGAACUAUAAGACGGAGCCGUGCAAGAAGCCCCCGCGGCUGUGCCGCCAGGGCUAUGCCUGUCCCUACUACCACAACAGCAAGGACCGGCGGCGGAGCCCCCGGAAGCACAAAUACAGGUCAUCUCCAUGUCCAAACGUCAAACAUGGAGAUGAGUGGGGAGACCCUGGCAAGUGUGAGAAUGGAGAUGCCUGCCAGUACUGCCACACCCGGACGGAGCAGCAGUUCCACCCAGAGAUUUACAAAUCCACCAAGUGCAACGACAUGCAGCAGUCAGGCAGCUGUCCCCGAGGACCUUUCUGCGCCUUUGCUCAUGUAGAACAGCCACCCCUAAAUGAUGAUCUGCAGCCUUCCUCAGCUGUAUCCAGCCCCACCCAACCAGGUCCUGUCUUGUACAUGCCAUCUGCUGCCGGAGACUCAGUGCCUGUGAGCCCCUCCAGUCCGCAUGCCCCUGACCUCAGCACUCUCCUCUGUAGGAACAGCAGCCUGGGCAGCCCAUCCCACCUCUGCGGCUCUCCACCAGGUCACAGCAGGAAGGCCCCAAACCUAGAGGGCCUUGUCUUCCCUGGGGAGUCUGGCCUCGCCCCUGGCAGCUACAAGAAAGCUCCUGGCUUUGAGAGGGAAGACCAGGUGGGAGCUGAGUACCUGAAAACUUUCAAGUGCCAGGCUAAACUAAAACCCCACUCACUAGAGCCCAGGAGUCAAGACCAGCCUCUACUUCAGCCCAAACAGGACGUGCUGGGCAUCCUCCCUGUGGGCAGCCCCUUGACCUCAAGCAUCUCUUCCAGUAUCACCUCCAGCCUGGCAGCCACUCCCCCAAGCCCAGCAGGCACCAGCAGUGCUCCUGGCAUGAAUGCAAAUGCUCUACCCUUCUACCCAACCAGUGACACGGUAGAGUCGGUCAUAGAGUCUGCCUUGGAUGACCUGGACCUGAACGAGUUUGUGGCCGCCCUGGAGAAGACUUUCGAUAAUAGCACAGUGCCCCACCCUGGCAGCAUUACAAUCGGUGGCAGUUUGCUUCAGAGCUCUGCACCCGUGAACAUUCCUGGCUCCUUGGGCAGCUCAGCCUCCUUCCACUCUGCCUCCCCAUCCCCUCCUGUCAGCCUCUCCUCACAUUUCUUGCAGCAGCCCCAGGGCCACCUGAGCCAGUCAGAAAACACAUUUUUAGGAACCUCAGCAUCACAUGGAUCUUUGGGUCUGAACGGGAUGAACAGCAGCAUCUGGGAGCAUUUUGCCUCUGGAAACUUCUCCCCAGGCACUUCCCCUGCCUUCCUGUCAGGGCCAGGGGCUGCUGAACUGGCCCGGCUUCGUCAAGAGCUAGAUGAAGCUAACGGCACCAUCAAGCAGUGGGAGGAGUCCUGGAAGCAGGCCAAGCAGGCUUGUGAUGCCUGGAAGAAAGAGGCGGAGGAGGCUGGUGAGCGGGCCAGUGCAGCAGGUGCCGAGUGCGAGAUGGCCCGGGAGCAGCGAGAUGCACUAGAGGUGCAGGUGAAGAAGCUCCAGGAAGAGCUGGAGCGGCUGCAUGCGGGGCCUGAUACUCCAGCCCUGCCCACCUUCCCUGAUCUGGAGGCGCUUUCACUCUCCACCCUCUACUCCCUCCAGAAGCAGCUGCGGGCCCACCUGGAACAAGUAGAUAAGGCCCUGUUCCAUAUGCAGUCGGUGAAAUGCCUUAAGUGUCAGGAGCAGACCCGAGCAGUGCUGCCAUGCCAACACGCUGUGCUGUGUGAGCUCUGUGCCGAGGGCAGUGAGUGCCCUGUCUGCCAGCCCAGCAGGGCCCAUACCCUCCAGUCGUGACCCUGCAGACCUGGCCCAGCUGGGUCUGAAUCUUCUAACCUAGGACUUUUUAUAUGUAUGUAUGUAUGUAUGUAUGUAUGUAUAUGUAUAUGAUUAUGUACAUGUAUACAUUUCUGUAUGUGUGCAAGUGUGCGUGGUGGCCAGCGUGUGCACAGUGUCUGUGUGUAUAUCUGUACAUAGAUAUAGACACACACUUUAAAACAGACUUACCAAGCACUUUUUUUAAAAAAAAGACUAUUUUGCAGUCCUCCCCUGCCCACUCCCCACCCUUCCCGCUCAGAGACAAAGUCCCUCUUUUCCUCCUGACCUUUUGGCAGAGAAUCUAUUUCUGUCUCUUUUUUAUGUAGGAACUAACUAUUUUUAACUUCUUCCUGGGGCCUGAGCAGGGAAGAGGGGACUGAGGGGAGGGAGAAGACUUCAGGGCAUGUCCUGCUCACCUGCUACUCCAGGGCCAGGGCUGGCAUCAAGGUGUGGAGGUUUCAGAUCCCCCAGUUCUAGCUGUGAGGGCCUCAGGGAGGCCUGAGGGUGUGCUGGGGGUCUAAGCCAACCUAGCUUCUAGGUUUACCAAUGUGUAUUUAGUUCUGGGGACAGCAGUAGGAGCUGGCAGGCCAAAGCUGCAAGGGUCAGCCUCAUUCCCAUACCUGGGCCCUUGAAACCCCUCAAGGGGCAAGGCUCAGUUUUAUCCCUCAGGUUCUUUAGGCCUGGGAUCCCCUUAAAUCCUUUCCUCCUGGACUCCACAGAACAGCCUCCCUGGACCCAGGCUGGCACUACCCUCAUCUGUUCCUGCCCCCUCCCUCUUAUGUGGCUCCCAUGCCGACUGCCCCCCUCCCUCUGGCAGCUAGCAGGGCAAUUGUUGGGGAGGAGUGCGGCCUAAUGACCAAGGGGGCACAGGCCCUGCCCUCCUUGCCAAGGAGGGGCUCCGUACGCAUUCCUUGGUGCUCUCAGUGCAGCUGACGUCCUGUCAUUCUUUGCAGGCGCCUGUGUGCAUGUGUGUGUGUGCCUGUUCAGUGUAUAUUGUGUCUUAGCUUCAGUUUUAAAAAUUGUUCUGUACAGAGCGAUGCAGUGGGGCGGGAGGGCAGAAGGAAGCAACUUUGCUCCCAGCACUGGGUGUCAGGCGGGCUUGAGAGGGCUGUAUAGGGUCUGCCCUGAUCCAGAGAGCCCCCUUGGGCUCAGCACGAAAGGGCUUUCAAUGAAUUAAGUGAAAACUUUCUCCUUUUUUACAAAAAUGCAAAAAAUCAACAAAGCAAACCUAUUGGAAAUAAAAUAUGAACUUGGAAUGGUAAUUUGUUUACAUUGGGGAGUGGACUCCCUAAUGAGGGCCUCCAAACUGCUAGGUGCUGUGGAAACAGCUGGUGCCCAUACCCUGUGGUGUGAGAUCCAAAGGCAGCUCAAGUGCCCUCUGGGAUCAACACGAUGGGGACCUUUAGUCUUGGACACAGAG